UUUACCUUAACUUGUCCUUGGGCAGAUACACACACCGCUAAUAUUGGGUAUUUUAUUGGGUUCGGGAUUAAACUCUGUAUUUCAUUUCAGUGUGACAAAAGAAUGCUUCAGUCUUACCUUAUUAACCUGUGGGACUCUGAUCUGAUUGAGCUGUUUGCAUUGUUUGCCAUCUUUCUGGUGGGUGAACGUGGUUCAUGGUAUUUCACAAUAUCCUUGCAACCAGUUCGACUGCCUUGCAAGCCUUGGUGUAGAUUCCUUUCUUUACGACCAAAACACACUACAACAACCAGCAGAUCUAGAAUGAACCCUUAAAGGACGGGAUUAUGCCAUCCGAAUAGAAAAAAAAGGUAAAUGUGUUCCCUUACAGUUAGAUUAAAAAAGUUGUAUACAUUAUAGGCAGACAUAUACUUAUAAAUAAAUAAAAUAAAUACAUUGUUGUUUUUGGUUUUCAUUAAGGUUACUUUUAAUCUUUUUUAUUUUAAAUAUAUUUUUUUCGAAUGCAUUAUGUGAACUUGACUCUAAAUAUCUUGGUUUCUUCUUUCCUAAGGUCAUUGUUCUGUUGUCUUACAUCAUACUAAAAAUACAUAUUUCAUUGCAUUUGAUAUUGAGGAUAUCCAAAAGUAACAUAAAGUAAUCAGAUUACAUUACUUUUACAUUGUGAUACUCAGAUUGCGUUACUGAUGGCAGGUACCUAAUUGUAACGGAAUACAAAAACCUGAAAUGUUGACUUUAAUUAAAUUUAUUGUGUCAACAGGUUUCACAUAAUUGUAUUAGGUUAGUUGAAAGCAAAACAAUUUAGUUCAAAUGUAAUAUUAUUGCUUUCAACUACCCUAAUGUGGAGCCCUUUGACAUGAUACAUUGAAUUAAAAUUGAUGUUUCAGUGUAGAAGGUCUGUCUAUGUUUUCUUCCUAACAGCACACUGUCUCUCUCCAGCUGAUCGUUGGAUGGCGAUGGAGCUUUCUGCAGCCUCCCUGUCUGAAGACCAGUUCACCUGCUCCAUCUGUUUGGAUGUGUUCAACAACCCCGUCUCCACCUCAUGUGGCCACAGCUUCUGCCAGGCCUGCAUCUCCUCCUACUGGGACACGAAAGUGGGGGCCAAGUCCUAUGAGUGUCCCCUCUGCAAGGAGCCUUUCCGCAGGCGACCGGAGCUCCACAUCAACCGCACCCUGAAGGAGAUCACGGAGCAGUUCAAGCAGAUCGUCAGCUCUGGAGGGCAGGGUGUGGACGAUCCAAACUCUCACCCCCGCCAUCGCCAUCCCUCUCUCUCUCUCCCGCAGAGGGCGGGGGAGCUGCCGGGGACCGUCUUCGCUGAGAUGAUGAAUCGUUUCCAGCAGCUGCAGACUGCGGGGACGCCUAGCACCCACCCCUCCUCACCCGAUGACCCUCUCCCUCAGAGCCCAGCUCCAUUCAGUGAUGAGCACCAAGAUCCGCCUCCCCGCUACUCGCCCCCCCGCAGGCAUACCAUGAGUGUCCCCAGCGACUCCUUCCAGAAUCUUCCCAAGUGUCCCCUUCACCUGAGAGCUCUGGAGCUCUUUUGCCGCACCGACAACAUCUGCAUCUGCUCCAGCUGUGUGGAGACAGCAGAGCACAGGGGGCACAGCGUCACCCCCGCCCAGAGGGAGUGGCACAGCAGGAAGUCCCAGUUGGGUGUUGCAGAUGUGAAGCUGAAGGGUCUCAUCUCUGAGAGAGAGAGGAAAGUGGAGGAAAUACACAACUCCCUACGAGAGAUACAGGCUGCCGUGGAGACACAGACUCAAGGAACUGUAUGUGUGUUUUCCAAGCUGAUCUCCAGUUUGGAGCGCUGCCAAGCUGAAGUCUUGGAGGUGUGUCCCCCCCAGGUGUUCGAGAGGAGCCGGUGGGCGGCUGAGCACAGAGCGGAGGUCCUGCUGACGGAGCUGCAGGAGGAGGUCUCUGAGCUGAGGAAGAGGAGGGAGGCCGUGAGCCAGCUGGCUCUGACUGAAGACUACGUACUCUUUCUCAGGAGCUUCCCUGCCCUGUCCAGCUCUCCCCCAGCGAAGGACUGGUCCUCUGUCUCUGUGGUGUCUGAGCUGACCUCGGGGGCGGUUCUCAGGACUGUCUAUCAAAUGAUGGAGCGCGUCCAGGAAGAGAUACAGCAACUGCCCAAAGUCUUCCAGCAAUCGUCGGAGCAUGCUGUACCAAAGACCAACCCAAAGACAAGAAAGGUUCAAGAAUAUGCAACAAACGUCCUUUUAGAUGCCAACACAGCCCACCCACGGCUCAUCAUCUCAGCUGACGGGAGGCGGGUUCAGUGUGGGGAGCGCCACCAGUCUCUGCCCGACUACCCCGAGCGCUUCGACCGGGUGGUGUGUGUGCUGGGCCGCCAGGGCCUCAGCUCAGGGCGCCACUACUGGGAGGUGGAGGUUGGAGGAAAGACUGACUGGGACCUGGGAGUGGCAAGUCACUCCGUCAAUCGGAAGGGCAAAAUCACUGUAAGCCCCGCCCACGGCUACUGGUUCCUGAGCUUGCGAGAUCGGACGGACUACGCUUUCCGAACAGAACCCUCCACCAACCUGACCGUGAACCCCAGACCCACGCGGGUGGGCGUCUUUGUGGACUGUGAUAAGGGGGUGGUGUCCUUCUUCAAUGUGGAGGCCAGAUUGCUCAUCUUUACAUUCACAGAUGUCUUUCCUGACACCAUCCAUGCCUUCUUCAGCCCCUGUACUAACAAAUCAGGGCGGAAUGAGGCUCCACUCAUCAUCUGCCCUGUUGCAAUGCCAGAAUGAAAUGUGAAAAGGACUUCACUUCCACUCGCUUCAUGUAUGAUGGAAGAUACCUCUGCAAUAGAUUUGAUCAUCUGCAAUUUAAUGCUGUAGAGUAAGUCAUGAGGCUAAAAGUUUACUUAAGUUAUUUAUGCCUGAGGUGUCACUCAUGUGGUGGUCCAUAUGUCAAUACUUUAAGACUGUUCUCACAUUGGUAAUGUCCAUGUUUGGCACUAUUUAGUGAUGAAAUAUCUAUUCAGACACACUGCAGCAAAGAGACCUAGAUGAAACCAAGGGAAACUAAAUGUUUUUAGUCUGAGGGAAAACAUUAAAAAAGAAAGACUACACUAAAAUCAGUGUGAUGUACAGUAUGAGAGCAUUGGCUAAAUGUGUGGCUCUUUGCAAAAGUCCAAUCAUAUCGGACCUAAAGGCUUACAUCUCGGUCAAAAUAUAUUUUUUAUGACGAUUGUGUCUGUUUAGAAUUCUGUCAAUUCAGUAGUCACUUUAACUUUAACAUUAACACUACUUUAACAACGUGUUAAAAUGAUUAUUAUUACAUAUUAUUAUAUAAUAAGUGUGAAGUAAAAACUUCUUUGCAGCAAUGUUGAGCCAAUCAUGAAAUGAGUGAAACUGGAUUCGCCUGUCAAUACACUGAUAUUUAUUGAGAGCCUGAGCGGCCGGAGAGUUCACAGCAUAUCACAGUUCCCUGCAAGAUACCAGCAAACUCUGCCCAAAAGCGCCAAGCACCCAUCUAUACAUGAAAGAGAGGAGGGCCCUAAAACACGCGGGUUUUCCUUUAAUGCAUGCCAGAUGUCGAGAGAAAGACUCGUUGCAUUGUAAACCCACAUGAGCCAAGCUUCUCCCCCACAAGACAUCAGAUGACCUCUUGACCUGUGUCUUCCUGAGAAGCUAUGGAUCACAUUACAGGCAGGAAUACACUUCAACCAUAUUAAACAGAUUCCCGAGGACAAGUCACUAAACUCUAUAUACUUUAACAAGACUAAAAUAUUCCUUUACAAUAAGAUUUUAUUUUAUUGUUUACUUGUAUGUCAUGCAAUGGUUUACAUGAGACUACAUUUGAAUAUACUGAUCAGCAUUUGUAAGAUACCUUCAUUCAUUUUGUUCACGAUCACUGCACUGUACUGCAAAUUGAAAAUGUUUACAGCUGGGUGUCCAAGCAGCAAUUAAGUGGCACAAACACAACAAUACCAUUGUGAGUUGUCAUUCAAAGUUGACAUGACCACAAUUUACAGAAUGCUGUCAGGCCAGUUGGGGCAUGACGUUUGUUCUGUUGUAAAGAGCAAACAGGGAAGCGUAAAUGGUUCAUAGAAGUUAUUACGUAGUUAUUCUUCUACACAGCGAUCUCAUGUAUCAGUCUUUGGAAUGUCCCGUGGUCCUUUCUGCUUAUUGAGUCAAUAUGGGAAUGGAAACUCUAAGUCAAGAUUAUAUAAAAAAAAUAUUUGUAACGCUUUUAGAUCACAUAUUGUACACAUAUUUAACAAUACAUUCCCCAAAAAAAUUGAAAGCAAAAAAAAUCGUUUAAACCCAAUCAUAUGUGAUGUGAACUUAUGUAAGGUAAUAUAAAGACCUCCUCUUAUGCUGUGCUGCAAUGAUUUUCAUAUUAUGACGUUUAUAGUUUUGUUCUUUGCUUUUAUUAUCACAUAAGUCCAUUCACAGUUUUUUUUUUUUAAAUGUGCUUUAGAAAUAAAGUUGACUUGACCUCUUACAGUAUGUGAGGAGAUACUUUAUUGACAUCAAGUGAACAGACAAAUAGUGAUGUUAUGAUGGGAACAAGGACACACACUGUGAACACAUACACUGCAGGCCGCACAACCAACACUGUUGAAACAAACAGGAAAUGUAAUCAGAACAUUUGGUCCUGAGUGUGUCUUGGUAGAUCUCCAACACACACUCUCUGCUGAGUACCAGGACACUGCUAAGACAGUGUCACUAUGAAGCUCCAACAACACGUACUAUUGUCACUAAAACAAAUCCAAAUUCUAGAGCCAAAUACAUUUGACUAGUGAUGUCCAAAAAGAAACUGAUCCUGUUACAUUUAGUCAAUAGGCUAUACCACUCAUGCAGAAGUACACUGUUUAUGUGACACUGUUGGCAAUUUUGUUUGGAUAAAAUCAUGGAUGUUCAAAGGUAUAUUGAUAAAAGCUGGUUAUCCAAUUUUAAAAUAAUUUGCUUAAUGUGACUAGGGUCCUGUUAUGAUAAUGUUAAUGUCAGAUUUGUGUCUGAUGGCUCAAACUGCUCACCGACAUGAGGGUUAGCAUUGAAAAUUUAAAUCUUUGAAGCUAAUGAGCUAGCUGCUAACUGUUUGUCUGAGACACCAGCUACUUUUUCUACGGUUAACAUUCUUGCGUGCUAAAUCAUUUAUACAUUGUAUUUUUCCAUGUCUUAUUACUUAUUAAAUGUCAAUUCUGG